UUUUGGUUUGAUGGCCAGGAGCAUCAUCAGGUUUUCCUCUUAAUAAUUUGUCUCUAAAACUAUCAAUAUGGACUAAAGACGCCACUAACCAUUACUAAUUAAGUGUCACGAGCGUCGCCAGUCAACUCGGAAAGAUGACUCCCUCGCCAACACCGUCGCCCCUGGAAAGUGGCAGUGGAUCGGGCCCAAUGGACACAGUGGGAUCGAUGGGCGGACAGAUGGGAACGAUCUCCCUCGGCGUCCUCAUCCAAUACAUCAACCAGCGGACUUAUUCAGAUCUACUCAACUUGGCCGAAAUCUUGCCCAGGAAGAGCGACAUGGAGAAAAAGAUGGACAUAGUUCAGUACGCCCAACGAACUCGUCAGCUCUACGUCCGCCUGUUAGCGUUGGUCAAGUGGGCUGCCAGUGCUUCCAAAGUCGACAAAUGUUGUCACAUAAUGGCCUUGUUAGAGAAGCAAAACAGCCUCUUCACCGACAGUGCUGAUAAACUUUACCACAUGACGAAAGAGAAUUUGGUUCGUGCCCGACUUCCGCAUUUUCAUAUUCCUGCUGCCGUUGAGACCCUGACUACAGGGUCGUACGAUAGGUUGCCGAUGACCAUAAGACAACGCAUCCUCCCUCCCGAGCCAAUCACGGCCCUGGAACGUAAGCAGACGCUGACUCGCCUGGAACAGAUCGUCCAGCAUCGUUUGGUGACGUCUGAACUACCCCCACAAAUGAGGACGAGCCGUAUCGAAAACGGCCGAGUGAGAUUCACGGUAGAACACGAAUUCGAGGUGAGUCUGACCCUAAUGGGAGAUAAUCUGACCGAGCCUUGGAGACUACUGGAGAUCGAGAUACUGGUGGAGGACAAGGAGACGGGGGACGGUAAAACUCUCGUUCACCCGAUGCAGAUUGCGUUCAUCCAUCAACUGAUUCAAUCGAGGCUUCAAGACAACCCAAAUCCACUACAUGAAACCUAUAUGGUACUUCACGCCUUCUGUCAGGCUCUCCAGCUUGAAGUUCUCUAUGUUCAAACCAAGAAGCUUCUUGAGGAUCGGCUCGACACGCACAUCCGCAUCGAGGAGUACCUUCAAGGGCGAUCGCUGACCCUGACCUACUGGAGGGAACUGACCCAGCACGAUCCCACAGUUCAACUUGGUUAUCGACUCACAGUACAAGUUGACCCGACGGAACCUUCCAAGCCUCUGAUAGUUUUCCACACUCCUUCUCUGGGGUCUAAGGAAUCGGAAAUUGCCGAACGAGCCAUACGCAGCGAUCACCUCUCCAUCGAACGUCUCCUGGUGCACAGUAUUUACCUCCGGACUAAGGCUCGACUCUCGGAACUCAAGCAGGACAUGGACUCAAAGCUGGGUGCUGAUGCGGAGAAGUGUCAACUCAGUGGCUCUCCGGCCGUCCUACACGUACCCAUCCUUCAACCGAACCUGCGAUCCGAACAAUUGCUGAUAACCGUCGAUACUCAUACGGGCGUCCUCCUUCCUCACGUCCCACAAUACGACUCCUGUCCCAACAUACCCGACCUCCAGCAAGCACUUAACUACGACAAGACCAAGAUCGACGACCUCAUCUCGGAACUGAGGUAUUGGCUGAUGCUACGACGGACGGAGAAGACCCUACAGCAUCUCCCGGCCACGGCCCACGAACGCCUCCCUCUCAUGUACUACACCUCCCAUCCUCUUAAUGUUCUCGGCAAACAUAAAGUCUUCAUCACCUUCCACAAGCAUCCUGGAUAUGUGGUGAUCGUGGAGUUUAACGAGAAGGAAGGUAGUCCGUGUGAAGUAGAACAGAACCUGUACUUCAUGGUGGUGAAACAAGCGAGCAUCGAGGAUAAUCCGGACGACGACACGGUCCAGACAUCUCUACCCAAGUCCUACAUGCGAGCGUACGAGUUAGUGAAGCUCGACUCGUUCGUCUGCACUCACGGACCAUCCACUAAGGUCGACGUCGUGGAGCCCGGAGAGAGAGCGCUGGGAGGUAAACGUAAGCUACAGCAACGUGGUGAGCCAGCGAGCAAGAAAGUGAAGGUACCGGCCUAUUUCCUACCAGACGUCGCUCAGUGUGUUGCCAUGAGCGAUAUGAAGCUUCCUCUCAUUCAUCUUUCCCUUAAGCUACGGACGCGGAAUGUCUUUAACACCGGGGAACAGGUCGAGGAAGGCGGAAUGGGCGUUCUGUUGCGUCUGAUCGAUCUACCGACCGCCGAGGGGCUUUCGUCCGACACUGUCUAUGCUCUGAGGAAACACCUACUUUCUGCAUCGAUCCGUAUACAGGCAGCAGUAGCUUGGCAAUUCACCGGCUCGCGUGUGUUUGGGAUGGAGUACCUCUUCACCAACUGCCCGGUCACGAGCCUUCACUCGAGGGAACAAGGCCCCAGACGAGCGGCCUAUUUCACCUACGAGGUAACGAGCGCCGAACACGUCAACGCCACGGUCGACUCGAUCUUGGCCGACUGGAAAACCAUCUCAAUGCUUUAUCAACUCGUUAUUCAAUUUUCCUCACAAUUGUCAGCUUCCAGAGUGGGCGUGGAGUCGGCAGGAAGUAGCAGCAGCAGUAGUAGUAAUAUACCCAACCCCAAGACCCUAAACGAGAUGGUUCGGGUCAGGUCGUUCAACUAUAAGAGCAUCACUUUGGCGUAUGGGCCGAGUUUCGACGCUUUCUGUAUUCUGCGCUACAACCCAGAGAAGAAAGUGUUUACCCUGAGUUUCGGUAUGAGUGGUGAGGGAGUGUGGGCGACUAACCCCCAUACCAUAAUGCAAGACCAGCUGCAAGACUUAGUGAACCAGACGGGGAUUAUGGGCCUUGUUGACUUGGCCACGGCCCUACAUCACACCUACCAGCCUCUUCUGGCCAUCUCUAAGUUGUCCCCGACGCUUCAUCUUGGAGUUAUCGAUAAGAAACAUCAACCCAUCAAGAACUUCACCGUAUUGCCGCAGUCCCCCACACGAGUCAGCAUCAUCUAUCGUAACGUCUACUGCCUCAACGUCGAUCUGCUGCCCAAUGGACUCGUCGCGGUGAGAGACGGGGCGUACAGCAGCUUCGAGACGUCUAAACUGAUCGAGGAGUUUAUCCAGAUACAGGGUCUAAAGGCGUUUCUAAGUAAAUACGUUGACGAGACGGCCAUCAACAUAAGACGCUCGCAAUCAGAGGACGACAACCCCCCCACCCCGAUACCCAUGGACGACACACUCUGGCCCACACCCAAGGCGGCCUCUCCAGCACGCCACGGACCCAUGACGCCGCCCAUAUCGUCAAACCCACACACCCCAGCUAGCCCACAUCCAGGGGGCAUGACCCAGACAAGCGGCCACGGUGGAUUCGUGUCCAGCCCGGCAACGAGCGGAUUCUCGUUAGCGUCGCCGCCACCGCUACCCGGCAUGAAUCCUUCACCCGCCAUGCUGCCUCAUCCGUCACCCGGAGGAGGAUUCUUGGGGUCCAACUCACCCUCGGCCCCUCAACACGGUGUGUCCUCGCCGGGAUUCUUGGCCCCAUCUCCAGCCGGGCCGCAUUCCGUACCCAUGCAUUCUCCGGCCUCGGCCAUCAUGCACGGCCAAUUAGGGCCGAUGUAUACGUCCCGAAUGCUUCCCAACAAACCCUACGCCGCUGCCGUCCCGACGACCCUCACGCACGACUCCUUCCACACCCUCUGUUCCCCCGCGCAGGUCGACGAGGGCGGCGAUAGCAGCCUGCAGUGCGUUCUCGAGCAGUUCCUGGGAAUGACAUACAUUAAACGACACUUCCAACAGCUGUGCGAAGGAUGUGAAGUGCUGAAGCCAGUCGGAGGUAUAGAGCCAGGCAGUAUACAGUUCAAGACAGAGACACUAAACUGCCAGAUGUUAGUGCAGAGUACACCAUCAUACAACCUGGUGAUGAAGCUACAGCCGCUUCCCGAACAUGCCGAUCAGUGGACCAGCGACGAGCUCCAGGUUCUGGAAAAGUUCUUCAGCGUUAAAGUCCCUAUCCCACCCUAUAGACCGUAUGCUGCACAGUCUUACUACAGCAUCCUCAAGUUCCCCAUCCGUGUUCUCAAAGACUGUAUCCGACUCAUGCAACUUGAGCUGAUGCCGAGCCCACAGCAGUUACAGCAGAUGAAAUGGACGCUUCAGUGGUGUCUUACGAGCUCUCCCGUCGGGUCGCAGAUCGCCCCCCCAGGGUUGUACGUCGUGGUAGCGUCUCGUAAUAAGAUCCUCUUCUUCUUCCAGUUAACGAGGACCAACGUUCAGUUACCGCCGGAGGCCGAGCCGCCGAGCCUGAUGCUGCCGGUGGUGUACGACAGCGUGAGCAACAAACCCCAGAUGGCCGAGCGUAGAGAGCACGGGAUCAUCCCCAGCGUCACCCUCCAGGUCAUCAACGACAUCAUGAACCGCGUCGUGGUCCAGACCAACGAGAUGGCCCUGUACCCCUGCAUCAGAGAGGUGCUGUGUAGCCUCUCCCUCGGCCCGGACGGUAACGCCGUGGCCGUCCCGCCCGUGUCCGUGGGGCAGGGGACCCCCACCUCCACGGUGCCCCAGUCCAUGGGUUCCCCGCACCUCGCGUCCCCCCACAUGGCCUCCCCCCACACCCCUGGCACGCCCUCGGCCUCCAUGUCCCAGGGGAUGAUCUCGUCGGCCACGGGCACCAUCACCACCAACGUGUCCACCCUCAGUAGCCAGAGUAUGGUGUCCACCAUGUCCUCACAGUCGCACUUCAGCGGACCAAAGCCGGUGUCCGCCGUGGGCCACAUGCAGCCCACGCUCAGCUCCAUGGGGCAAAUGGGGCCACAGAGUAUGCAGGCCAGCAUGCAGGCCAGUCCCAGCCUCAUGCAGCAGAACAUGUCGUCCAUGGGCGGUGGCAUGAUGCAGGCCGGCCCGCGGGGCAUGCAGGGCGGAUCGACCGGUGGACAGAUGGCCGGCGGCCCCGGCAGCAUGCAGGGUAUGUCCACCAUGCAAGGUCCUGGCAUGCAGGGUGGGCCAGCUGGGAUGCAAGGUGGUCCGGGCAACAUUCAAGUCGGACCUGGUCCCAUGCAAGGUGGCAUGCAGGGUGGCCCAGGGGGAAUGCAAGGUGGCCCAGGGGGAAUGCAGGGUGGUCCAGGUAACAUUCAAGUUGGUCCAGGAGGCAUACAAGGUGGCCCAGGGGGAAUGCAGGGUGGUCCAGGGGGAAUGCAAGGUGGCCCAGGUAACAUUCAAGUUGGUCCAGGAGGCAUACAAGCAGGUAUGCAGGGUGGCCCAGGUAACAUUCAAGUGGGGCCAGGAGGAAUGCAAGGUGGCCCAGGUAACAUUCAAGUGGGGCCAGGAGGAAUGCAAGGUGGCCCAGGGGGAAUGCAAGGAGGGCCAGGGGGAAGGCAGGGAGGAUUUGGUGGUAACAUAAUGAGCCAAUUUAGCAGGUAACUUAACACACAUACAGGGUGACCAAAAAAAAACCCACACAUAUACAGGGUGACCAAAACAAGACCCAUUACAUACACACACACACAUACACACAUCUUAAACACCCUGUACCACAUAAACGAACGUAACUAAAAAGUGUAAAUAAACUGAAGCUCGGAAACCACCAUCAAGACAUCGACAUUUACAAAGAUAUUUUCAGUGGUUAAAGGAAAGAUUUUUUGGGGGACUUUAGUUUAUUUUAGGCUUUAGGGAAUAAUAAUAUAAAUGACUCUGAUAAUGAUGUUACUUUUGUUAAUAAAAUUAUAUAUAUAUAUA